UUGCGCGAUAAAGAUGAACCAAUUAUUGUAACUAUUUUUCUUAAUCACUCCGCAACAGACAAUUGGUCAUGGUUGCAGCGCUCUUCUUGCGCGCCUCUCACCCGGCCGUACGGCCCAUUGGCCGACCAGGCCAGACUGUCAGUCGUCUAGGAUGCAAUGCAUCUCUGGUCCAGAGCUCAUCGCGGCUGCAUCUGCCCAGAUUCAAUGGAUUUUCGACAUCCGCAGCCAAGUACAAUGUCGACUCUCUCGACCGAACUAGGAAUAUCGGCAUCAUUGCCCACAUCGACGCGGGCAAGACCACCACCACCGAGCGCAUGCUGUAUUACAGCGGAUUCACGAGAAGGCUCGGAGAUGUCGACGAGGGGUCUACGGUAACGGAUUUCCUGCCUGCUGAGCGAGCACGAGGCAUCACCAUUCAAUCGGCCGCCAUUACGUUCCAUUGGCCGCCCAAAGCUGCCGAAGAAAACGCAGCGUCGCCAGAGCCCGGGACUCCCAGGUCUGCGUUCCCGCAUACGGUCAAUCUGAUCGAUACGCCGGGGCAUGCCGACUUUACGUUUGAAGUCAUGAGAUCGCUACGCAUUCUCGACGGGGCUGUGUGUAUCCUGGACGGCGUCGCCGGCGUGGAGGCCCAGACGGAGAAAGUGUGGCACCAAGCCAGCACCUAUCGGAUUCCUCGAGUGGUCUACAUCAACAAGCUGGAUCGAGACGGUGCUGCUUUUGGACGGACAGUCCGCGAGGUGGCCUCGCGACUGGAGGGCUGGCCCGCGGUGUGUCAAAUCCCCUGGUUUGAGGGCGGACGCGGCCGCUUCAUUGGCGUGGCGGAUGCGAUCAACCUGCAGGGGCUGCGAUGGGAUGACGGCGACGGCAAGUCCGUCAAGAUGUACACCCUGGAGCAGCUCGACAGCGAAGAGAGCCAGCUCGCAGAGGAGCUGCGACGCGCGAGAACCGCCCUGGUGGAGCUGCUGAGUGAACAUGACGAGAUCAUGGUGGAGAAGUUCUUCGAAUGCGAGGACCAUCUCGCGGUGCCGGCCCACGACAUCUUGGAGAGCCUGCGCCGAUGUCUCCUGCGCGAAGAAGGGCGCAAGAUCAUUCCGGUGUUCGCCGGUGCCAGUUUCCGCAACAUCGGCGUCCAGCCGCUGCUCGAUAUCGUGACGAACCUUCUCCCAAGCCCUCUUGAAACCUUAGACCCUGAGGUCAGCAUCGGCGGCGUCAAAGGAGGCCUCCGACGUUUACUCUCGGGUGAUCUCCUGGUCGAGCAGAGCGAGAAGGCCGUCGCUCCCAAAGGCAAAUCCAAGAAGAAGGCCGUCGUGCAGGCAGAAUCCCGCAACGCCAUCGAAAGUCUCCAGAGCUGCGCCCUCGCGUUCAAGGUGGUCAACGACCCCAAACGAGGCGUGCUCGUCUAUGUGCGCGUCUACUCAGGAUCCCUCGACCGCAACAGCACGCUGUUCAACACGAACCUCAACGUCUCCGAACGAGCCCCCCGUCUGCUCAAGAUGUACGCCAACGACGCCGUGGAGGUCGACUCGAUCCCCGAAGGACAUAUCGGAGUCGUCGUCGGCCUCAAACACACCCGCACCGGAGACACUCUCGUCACAUACGCCGGCAGCAAAGCCCAACCCCCAGAGCCUCUCAACACCCUCCAACUCCGUCCCAUCAACGUGCCUCCCCCGGUCUUCUUCGCCAGCGUCGAACCUCACAGUCUCGGCGAGGAAAAGCGCAUGCAAGAAUCCCUCGCCAUGCUCCUCCGAGAAGACCCCAGCCUCCACGUCACCACGGACGAAGACUCCGGCCAGACCCUCCUCAGCGGCAUGGGCGAGCUGCAUCUCGAGAUCGCGCGCGACCGUCUCCUCAACGACCUCAAAGCCAAAGCCUCCAUGGGCCGCAUCGAGAUCGGAUACCGCGAGUGCCCUCUCGCCGCAACCGAACCCAUCACGCAGAUCUUCGACCGCGAGAUCGCCGGCCGCAAAGGCCGUGCCGGCUGCACCGCCGCCAUCGAGCCCUUCGACCCGGACGCCUCUUCUCCCCCAGACGCCUCCGCCCUGUCCGUCCUCACCACCGAAGGCAACCAAAUCAUCAUCCUCGCUCCCUCCCUCAACAUCGAACCCAACAAGCGCGGCAUCCCCGAAUCUCCUCUCCUCCCUCCCGGCCUCGACGUGCCCACCUUCCAAAAAGCCCUCUCGAACGGCUGUCUCGCUGCUCUCGCCCGUGGCCCCCAGUUCACAUUCCCAAUGCACAGCACGCGCGUCACCCUCACCAUCGACCCAACCACCCACAUCUUCGGCGCCGACACCACGCCCGCCGCUCUCUCCGCCGCUGCCCGUCUCGCCACGGCCUCUGCCCUCCGCACCCUCUCCCCUUCCCCCGGCAGCAGCACCCUAAACCCCAACCAAGGAACCGCCAUGAUGGAACCCCUCAUGAACGUAAUCAUCAGCAUCGACGAAGCGAGUCUCGGCGCGGUCGUGCACGACAUCUCCUCCUCGCGCGGCGGACACAUCGUCUCGCUGGACGAAGAAAUCCCCCUCUCCGCCACAGACCUCGUCUCGGCCCCUCAGGGCACUGAAGACCUACCCCCCAUCGACCCCAGCAAGGUGUAUGCGCCUCCGGACCCGUUUGAGACGGCCACGCUCAGUGGCACGGAGAUGGGUGGCUCGACGAGGGCGCGCACGAUCACGGCGAAGGUGCCGCUGAAGGAGAUGGUCGGGUAUUUGAAGCAUUUGAGGAGUUUGAGUGCCGGACGGGGUACGUUUGUGAUGGGGGUGGAUCGGUUCGAGAGGAUGAGUGCGCAGAGGCAAAAGGGGGUGUUGGCGGAGGUUAGGGGGGAGAUGCUUUAGCUUGCUUUCCCUUCUGGGUUGAGUUAUAGAAGGUGGAAGUGUGUGUAUG